AUGAGGGCCGCCGCAGUCACCCUCCUGGUCCUAGCCCUGGCCUUCGCGCCGGCGCAAGCCUCUUUGCGCCGCGCCCUCACCGCGCCGGCGCCGGCCAAGGCCAAGGCCAACGCGUCGCCGGCGGCGAAACCUGCCGUGGCCGCUGCGCCCCCGAAGGCCAACGGCCCCACCAAGCAGGCGGAGAAGCUGUAUUUCAUCUUCGGGUAUGGGUCCCUUCUGAAUUGGGCGUCCACCGUGCGCAGCAACUGCGGCCUGACCGGGCUAUCAGAGGACAACAUCGCAGCGCUGGAGAAGCUGCUGGACAUCGGGGGCGUGGACUUCAACAAGGUCCUCAACGCCUGCACCGUGAAGCGCCCCCGCGCAGUGCGCGUCAAGGGCCUGGAGCGCGGGUGGUACGAGCGCAUCACCAACGCCAAGAGCACCCCGGGCAACCCCUUUCCGGGGUCGGCCUUCAAUGUCAUGUGGACGUCCCUGGGGGCCGUUGAGAAGCCGGGCGCCUACUCCACGGGCCUGGUCUACGAGGUCACCGAGCAGGCCUACAAGAACACGGUCGCCCGCGAGAGCGGCUACAAGCUGCUGCCCCUCCGCGUCAGCGACAUCGCCGUCCUGUCAGGCGCCAAGAUCCCCAAGGACGCCGUCGUCACCGCCUUUGUGUCCUACAAGUCGGUGACGCCGGCGGCGGACGCGCCCGUACCGCUGUCGUACAUCGACGUGUGGCUGGGCGGCGCCAUCGACCUCCAGAAGCAGUACAACCUGACGGGGGACGCCUAUGCCAAGGGCUCGCCCGGCGGCUACAAGUCCUUUGUUGAGGAGACCCUCAAGACCACCAGCGCCUGGACUAGGUACAUCAUCAACGACAGGGACCAGGCGCUGAGGCCCUUUGGGGAGACGCGCAACGUCGCGCAAAUCGACGAUUCCUUGUACAAAUUCGUGGAUCACAAGAACCUGGCGGGCAUGCGCUUCCUGGGACAGCCCUGGUAG